GACCUUGAUCUUCACUCAUUAAUGGCAUUGUCUUUGAAGGUCAAAUUAUUGAAAUUUUCAUUGUUUUGGCAUGUAUCUGACUGUAACUUUGCUAUUAUUGAAGGGAUCAACUUCAUAUUAUAAUAGAACAUUCUUAAGGACCAGACCUUGUUGUUUAUCAAACCCAAAUUUGCUCGGGCUCUUUAAUGACCUUGACCUUGAAGGUUAAAUUACUGAAUUUUCUCAGAUUUGUGCAUUAAAUGACCAUAAUUAUAUAUUUAUUGGUGUGUGUGUGUUUGUGUAUAUAUAUGAGCCGUUCUCCAGGAAAACCUGCCAAAAUGACAUCGAUUAUGACGUUGGGAAUUUCCCGAUAAAUAUGACGUCAUACUUGAAAGCACAUGUGAGUUCAGUGACCUUUAUGUAUCAGUGUUUACAUGAUAAAUUUUGACAUUUUCUGGAUAUUAAAAUGGAUAACGAUAUAGAGGUAUGUUGUAUUUAUAUAUUUUAUCAACUCUGAACCAGGUAUGCCGCACAUUAAUUGUUCAAUUGUUCCCUUAUAGAUGUAUUUUACGCAAGAGUGAAUCAGGAAAAUAUGGCGCGUAAACAAAAUAAUAUAGCGUGAUUGUUGUAACUUAUACCGAGCAACACAGUAAUAAACAUGUAAAGAGUUGAUUGAUUUCGCUCUCACACAUUUCUUGACAUACUCGUUAAGAUUGUUUUUCAGAUGAAAUUAAUGUAUUCGCUAAAUUUGGAAGACAUUUCUGUGUACCCCACCACUACCAGAAUGACAUCGAAUCAAUAUUUCAAAAAUUAUUUAGGACUCCGUAGAUAUAGAUCUCUAUUAUUUAUUUUAAUAAUGUCAAUAUAUUUCAACGAAGAUAAGUUUUAUUAAAAUUUCAGAAAAUUUAGUUGGUUUUGGUUCGGAAUGGGUAUGCUAUUGAUCUAAAUCUGAACGAUUAAGGUUAAAUCACUUAAUUUAUACUGUACUGAACACGAAUGCUGUCAGUGUUUUGCUGGUUCGAUCCUGACGCGCGAACCUUUUUUUUUCUUUUUCUUUUUUUUUAACAAUCAUAUUUUAUAAACUGCUAUGUAGAAUUCUGUGUAAAAUUAAAUUUUUUUAUCAAGCAAAUUAACCUUUAAUUGAAAUAAAAUGCAGUCUGUGUAUGAUUUUUUUGUGGACAAGCAUUUGUAUGUUAAAGGAAAAUUUGUAUUCUGCAGUGACUGAAAUAUUUUUAUUUUAUAUUAGCCCAUUAAUUAGCACAGAAGCUGUAUGUUUUGUCAUAAUUGUCAGUACUCACCUGAUUUAUUUAUCUUACAGGAUUUGGAGAGUUUGCUUUCCGAGCAUUUUGGUGUGACGCCCGUUUCGACACCCUGGGGAUCGCAGGAGGAGGUUGAUGUAUCUACCCUGUGUUUAGACUCGGACGAAGAUGAUCACGAGUUAGAUGUUGAUCGGCGGGUCCAAGACUACAUAGACACGCUUCCAGAUGACACAACAGGGGCUUCUGUUACUAGUGACAGCGAGGGUGAAGCAGAAGUUGAUUGUGAUCUGCCCCAAAAUGACGAAGACGUGAACAGAAUUACCCUUUAUCAUAAGAAUGGUUGUGGGUGCAAGAAAAACUGCAUUAAACAGUUUACUAUUUCUGACAUUUUUGAUCACAUAUUGACUAUUAGGGAAAUGGAAAAGCAAGACAAGGAACUGUAUAUAAUGGCAACAGUAGUAAACAGCCCUCAGAAUGAAUUGACAAAGCGCGGGAAGAAACGUCAGAAAGGUCACCAUGACUUUUCAUUAGUUGGGAAACCAGUGUGUAGGACUGUGUUUAUGUUGACCUUUGAUAUCAAGCGGAGCGCUCUUCAAAAUAUCCUAACACAUGUUGAUCAGCAUGGUGUGGUUCAAAGAAUUCACGGCAACAAAGGGAAAAAACCUGUCAAAUCUUUAAAGUUUGAAGAUAUUAAACAUGCGGUGACAUAUGUUUCCCAAACUGCUGAAGACAUAGGUAUACCACAACCGGCUGCACCACGUGGAUCCGACAACAUGCCACCAGUUUACUUACCAAGUGCUACUACAAAACUUGAUAUUCACAAGAAAUACGAAACAUCGUGCCUUGAAUCUGAACCAACAAAAAGGGCUGUUCAUUAUAAAACUUUCUGCAACAUCUGGAAGCAAUGUUUACCACACAUCAAAAUUGCAUCUCCACGCGACGACGUUUGUGCAACUUGUGAAAAAUUAAGAAAAGUUGUGAUGGAUUCAAGAACCGAGGAUGAAAAAUUGCAGGGCACCGCAAAUCCUAGAGAGCACAUUGUCAACGCACAAAAUGAAAGAGAAGUCUACAACAAAUGCAUUGCAUAUGCUAAAGGUCUGUUUGAGACAGGGGACAGGCGACAUUCUCAUUUCACCUUUGAUUUCAGCCAGAAUUUAUGGCUACCACACCAUUCAAGACAGAUAGGGCCAACUUAUUUUAUGACAUUGCGCAAAGUGCAAUUGUUUGGUGUACGCAAUGACGGAACAUCAACACAAUACAACUUCCUUGUAGACGAGAAUGAGACUAUUGGCCCUGAUGGUACUCAAACUCACGGACCUAACGCUGUUAUCAGUAUGGUGGACUGGGUGAUAGAAAGGGACCACGCGGAGGGACCAACAAUUUCACUACAUGCCGAUAAUUGCCCAGGACAGAAUAAAAACUACUAUAUGCUGGGAUAUUUAAUGUGGCGUGUUCUGUCUGGACGUCAGGAGAAGAUAGAGUAUAUGAUGCAGAUACCUGGUCACGCUCGCUGCCAUGUUGAUGCUGGUUUUGCCCGCAUAAAACAACUUUACCGCAGGACAGACACGGAUGCUCUUGGCCAACUUACGGAAGUUGUAAAUCAGUCAUCAUCUACAAGCCAGUGUAUCCGGUACCCUACAUGGACAUGGCGAGACUGGAAAGGAUUUCUGAAAACGUACUUCAAACCGCUCCAAGGCAUCAGAAAGUAUCAAUAUUUUCGUAUGAGCCGAGAUCAUCCUGGAAUGGUUAAAGAGAGCUGCGAUAAAGCCGAGGAGACGUUCUCCAUCAUGAAAUCAAACAACUUUCAGUUUGAACGGGGACACUUGCCACAAGUACUGCAACCAGGUGGAAUGUCUGCUGCACGACGCAGAUAUCUUUACAGCACAGUUCGGCCCUAUGUGCGACCUAUAUUUCAAGAUGAAACAUGUCCAGGAGAGCCUUAGAAGAACACUUAUGUUACCAUGGCAACGGAUAGAAAAGACAUUAUCUUACUCCUGUUAUGAUGAUUUUUUAUGUUAUUAUCUAAUGGUUUCUGUAAACAAGUAUAAUGAAUAUAUUACAAACUACAUGUAUACCUAGUUGUACUUGUUUCAAUUGCUUAUAAGUUUCAUAUGAGGUAUAUUGAAAUAUUUAUUUCUACAUGAUUAUGUACAUGACAGUGCCUUAUUGCGAAAGGCUGUAUCUCGGGUAACUUUUGAGAUAAUUUCAAAAUUUCUUUUGCAUUCUACAGGAAAA